UUACAAUCUAUUGGUACUAUCUAUUGAUACUAUCUAUCUAUUAUCUAUCUACUCUCUAUUGGUACUAUCUAUCUACUCUCUAUUUAUACUAUCUAUUUACUCUCUACUGAUACUAUCUAUCUACUAGAUGGACAGGACAUAGAAAUGGUGCUUAGUUAUUCUGCGUCGCUCGUGAAUACUGUUCCUAUUUGCAGAGGAUUAUUACAUUAUCAUUAAAUCUAGCUGGUGAUGAGUUUAUGAACAACAACAAUAAUAAUAAUAGUAAAUAAUAAUGAUAACAAAAUAGAUGUCAAGCAGGAUGGUGAUGAAGAUUGAGUGAUUGUUAGCUGCUUCGUCACAUGAAUCCAACAGAAGUACCUACAGUGGAGGAGGUAUUUCAAUGCGGAAAUCUGGUGUAUGCGGGCCACGAUUGUCAGUGGAUUCCUGAUCAGGUCAUCGGCAAGUACGGCGCCACGGCAGUCACCGUUGAUUUCAGCGAAAAUAAAUUGAUAAAUUUAUCGGAACUCAGUCAAUUUUCUCGCCUCAAGGAGGUCGUGUUAGACAAAAAUAACAUCGAUGACGUCAUUAUUUGGACGUUGCCAUGCCUUCCAAAUCUGGAAGCGCUUAGUUUGAAUAAAAAUAUAAUUAGAGAUUUAGAUAAUUUUUUAGACAUCAUGGAGAUGAGGACGCCGUGCCUGAAGUAUCUCAGUCUCCAUGGUAAUCCGCUCUGCCCUGAUCAGCUGACUUCCGCAGACAACGACGAGACUGAUUACAAAAGAUACAGGUUGUACACAAAAUAUCGUCUGCCGACGUUGAAGGCUCUGGACCACAAACCAUUUAAUUCAUUGGAAACAACGAAGGCGUCCAUUAAGGGACCUUACCUCAAAACUGUUCGUCCCAAGGCCAACCUUCAACAAAAUCUGCACUGCACUCAUGAGGAUGUCAGCCCUCGCCUGCGACCGCUGCCUUCGUUUAGCAAGUGCGAUUAUGUAUACCUGGGCAAACACUCGCAAGGAAACAGGUUCAUUAGAAGUAAGGACCUAUGAUCAUGAUCAUCAUCACCAUCUCGGCAUCAUCAUCACCACCAUCGCCAUCUCGGGAUCAUCAUCACCAUCUCGGGAUCAUCAUCACUACCAUUUUUUAAAAUUAUUUUUAUUUACCAAAAGAGCAACAGUUCCUGACAGUCUUAAUCCAAUAUAUAUAUAUGUAGCCUAUAUAUAUAUAUAUAUAUAUAUAUAUAUAUAUAUAUAUAUAUGUAUAUAUAUAUAAUAAUAUGAAAUGAAUGAAAAAUAAAAUAGUAAUAUGCGGCUUUAUAAAUGAAACACAAAUUAAUUGUUUGAAUAGACUUUUCAAAUCAAUACAACCAAACUGCAAAAAGGUUAUAUGUCACAACUUCGAAUAAUUAAUUACAAAAUCCAUUUAUCUUUCUCCACCAUUCCUUUCUUGUGGAUGAAAAGAGAAGCAACUCACCCGAUAGAUACAUAUUUCGUUCGUGUGGGCAAAAUGUUUCGCUAUCUCCACAUUUUAACAUUGGUUUUAUUUUCAUUUUUUACAUUCAUUUACAGUUAUUACAUUUUCAUCAUUGUUUUCGCUAAUACAAAUGCAUAUGAUAUGAUUCAUCUGAAUGUUUUUUCAACGAAGAUGGAGACCUCUAUUAUCUGUGUCAGACAAAUUUAAGUAAAAACUGAAAUUCUAUUGAAAAUUUCAUUUCAAAUUUGCUCAAUGCUGUUGAAUUAAUCGCUUGUUAUAUCUCAUAAACUGAGAGUAUGGCCAUUGUAGGCUGAAGUCUUCAACUUCUUCAUUUAAAUAUUUUAUUUAGUGUCUUUUUUGUUUAUGGCGAAACGUCGUAUUCGAUUAAAAAUAUUUACAAUUCAUUUUUAACAAAUUCGAAAAAUAUGUGAUUAUUUUGUUAAUUAUGUCCACUUUACACUUUUUAAUUUUAACUUUUAAAUUAUUAUUUUUCGAAUGAACUUGCCUCUUAAACAGAGUCUGAGAGUUUUUUGUAAGAAGAUUUCUCCCCACCUCUUUAAAAAUCACAAUUUUCUUCUUCAGUCAUGUUUACUCUACUUGCAGUUUAUUUAUUAUUUUAAUUAAUGACUUAAAAGUUUUCGGUUGAAAUAACUUUUAUAAUCUGCUCGAUUUUUGAACAAGAACGUCUGUCCAAACCAAACUCAAAAAAAUGGAUUCAGGUAUACCAUUUGGUGUUUCAUUGAAAGAAUUGAAAGAUUUAAUGACUUUGAAAGGUCAGGAUGCUGUAGAAACUAUGAAAAAUAAGUUCCCCGGAGGCAUUAAUCAACUCUGCACUCUAUUAAAAACAUCCCCAACAAAUGGUCUGGGAGGUGAGAACGAGGACCUAGUUGCUCGAGGUAAAGCCUAUGGAAAGAACAUCAUACCACCGCCUCCAAUGAAAUCAUUUCUAAUGUUAGUGCUGGAAGCUCUGCAAGACACAACACUCAUCAUAUUAAUGGUGGCUGCUCUCAUAUCAUUAGUUCUCACUUUCCAAAUCCCAGAAGGUGUUGAAGAAAAAGAUAAAUCGGAUAAGGAUAAAAACGCAAACACCGGAGAGAACGACCCCUCGUGGAUUGAAGGUAUUGCCAUCUUGUUUGCUGUCAUUGUUGUUGUUCUGGUAACAUCGAUAAACGAUUGGAAGAAGGAACGACAAUUUAGAGGACUUCAGUCAAAAAUCGAGGAUGCCCAAAAAUUUGCCACCAUUCGAAAUGGCUCAAUUGUUCAAAUUCCCAUCGGGGAAAUAGUCGUUGGUGACAUCUGUAUGGUCAAAUAUGGUGACCUACUUCCAACUGAUGGCAUUUUAAUACAGAGCAAUGACCUCAAAGUGGACGAGAGUUCACUUUCGGGUGAAUCCAACCAGAUCAAGAAGAGCAUCAACACUGACCCCAUGCUGUAUGCAGGUACGCACAUAAUGGAAGGUAGUGGAAAGAUGUUGGUGACGUGUGUCGGAGUCAACUCGCAGGCGGGCAUCAUCUUCAUGCUGCUCAAUGGCGCCAAUCAUCGAACUAAGAAGGACGCUCAUGUACAUCAAUCUGAAAAUGAAGCUGCCAAAAGAAUUUCAAAUGUGACACAUGAUGGAUCUGACUUUGAAGAAACAUACAGCAGCAAGGAGAAGUCUGUCCUCCAGGCCAAGUUGACAAAACUGGCAAUUAAGAUUGGAUAUCUAGGAACUGUGAUAGCCAUAUUAACAGUCAUCAUAUUGAUGGUUAGUUUCUCCAUCUCCACCUUCUACACAGAGAAGAAGCCGUGGAAAACGAAAUACGUGAAAAACUACCUGCAAUUCUUCAUUGUUGGGGUGACGGUUCUCGUCGUGGCAGUCCCUGAAGGCUUGCCCCUCGCUGUCACCCUUUCACUAGCUUAUUCUGUCAGGAGAAUGAUGAAGGAUAACAACCUGGUCCGACACCUGGACGCCUGUGAGACGAUGGGCAAUGCAACUGCCAUCUGCUCCGACAAGACUGGAACUCUCACCACGAAUAGGAUGGCUGUUGUUAAGUCCUAUGUGUCAGGUGUUUACUACCAGGAAGCACCAAACUGGAACAGCCUGCCUGACAAAAUAAAGGAACUUCUUAUCGGGAGCAUAUGCAUCAACAGUGGAUACACCUCUAAGAUUAUUGUACACAAAGAAAAGCAAGGAUUGUUGCCUACACAGCUGGGCAACAAAACUGAAUGUGCACUUCUUGGCUUCAUAACAGACAUGGGAAUUGACUAUGAGCAUGUGCGUGAAAAUAAUCCAGAAUCGAGCUUCACAAAAAUUUUCACCUUCAACUCGUUGAGGAAGUCAAUGACAACCGUCAUUCCACUGGGAGACAACAAAGGGUUCAGGGUUUUCACUAAGGGGGCUCCAGAGAUAGUACUCAGCAAGUGCAGUUUCAUAUUCCGGGAGAAAGGAAGAUUGGAGGCCUACAGUGCAGCCGUCGCAUCAGACGUCCUUCGAAUCAUCUCAACGAUGGCAGCUGAAGGCAUGAGGACUCUCUGUGUGGCCUACAAAGAUCUGCUCUUCUCUCCUGGUCUCGAGAACGAUGAAGUGAUACCUCGAAGCUUUGAUUGGGAGAACGAGAACUCCGUCAUCAGCAGACUGACGUGCAUUGCAAUAUUUGCUAUUGAGGACCCUGUCAGACCUGAGGUGCCAAACGCCAUAAAGACCUGUCAGAAUGCAGGCAUUACAGUUCGAAUGGUCACUGGCGACAACAUCGAAACUGCAAGGUCCAUUGCUAUCAAGUGUGGAAUCAUUACGCCUGACAGUGAUUUUUUGGUGUUGGAAGGCAAAGAUUUCAACAGAUUAAUAAGAAACUCAAGUGAUAAUAAGAUAAGUCAAACUCUUUUUGACAAUGUGUGGCCAAAACUUCGCGUCCUGGCGAGGUCGUCGCCAAAGGACAAGUACAUUCUGGUGAAGGGGAUCAUUCAAAGUACCGUCAAUCCGCAGAGAGAAGUGGUCGCUGUCACCGGGGAUGGGACCAAUGAUGGGCCCGCCCUCAAAGUGGCUGAUGUCGGGUUUGCUAUGGGUAUAGCAGGGACAGAUGUGGCAAAGGAAGCUUCAGACAUAAUCCUGAUGGAUGACAACUUCAUGUCCAUCGUGAAGGCAGUCAUGUGGGGCAGGAAUGUUUAUGACAGCAUCUCAAAAUUUCUUCAGUUUCAGCUCACCGUCAAUGUCGUUGCUGUCUCGGUGGCCUUCCUUGGCGCAUGCAUUAUAAACGAGUCACCGCUGAAAGCUAUUCAGAUGCUGUGGGUGAAUUUGAUCAUGGACACCCUGGCCUCCCUCGCGCUGGCCACCGAACUGCCCUCCCAUGAUUUGCUGCAACGAAUGCCCUACGGACGAACCCAGCCACUGAUUAGUGCCAACAUGCUGAAGAACAUCGUCGGACACGCAGUCUACCAGCUGACAGUCAUCCUUUGUCUCCUGUUUGCAGGUCCAGCUUUCUUUGGUAUUGAGACGGGCAUAUCUGACAAUCCAGAACACAUAGGCAGGAAUGGGCAGCACUUUACAAUUAUCUUCAACGCGUUCGUCAUGAUGACCCUCUUUAACGAACUGAACGCAAGGAAGAUCCACGGCCAGAGGAACAUAUUCGAGGGCCUCUCAAGGAAUGUCAUCUUCACCUCCAUCUGGUGCUUCACUAUGGCUAUACAGGUAAUCAUUGUGCAGUUUGGAGGUUAUGCCUUCGACACAGUUGCAUUGUAUUUGGAUCAGUGGCUCUAUUGUCUCUUUCUCGGCGUCGGGUCUCUACUAUGGGGUCAAGUCUUGUUAUACAUCCCAGACCCCUCUCUUCCUCAGUGUUUUGUCAAACGUGGUGCAAAAAUAAGGGUAGUAAGUCUUUUCAGAAGCGGUCUGAGAGGGGAGAGCUUAAAAUCUCUGCACAGCUGCUCCAGCAGAAACGACAACAACAACAGCAACAACGUCAGCAGCUCUUCUGCUGGUUCAUACAGCUUAAAUCUGACGUCAUCGAUUACGUCAUCGUUGUUGAGCAGUCGGUGUAGUGGUUAUGAUAAUGAUGCUGGUGAUCAUGAUGAUGGUGAUUGUGGUUCUGUGUUCCAGCAUCAUUUUGAUGGUCACCAGGAGGAAAUGUUUAUUAGAAAAACGGACUCUCCACACACGUCCCUACUGGCCGACUCCGACCAGCAGAAGGGGCAGACCUCUCCGAAGGCAAACACGCCACACUCUCACCAGUGA